AUGUUCACAAUAAUCACCAUAUGCUGCGAAAUACUGAAUGAGUCAGCCGUCUUUUUCGCCACGGUCGCUCAAUUCCGGUACUUUAUUAGCACUCGAACCUUGCCGUUGUCCGACUGGGUGCCCUAUGAUAUCUCGUCAACGACCGCUUUCUGGGCUACUAUAUUACAUCAAACUAUCGGAUUAAUUAUAUGUGCGAACGCCAGCGUCGCCCACGAAACUCUCAUAUCUGGUUUUAUGAUUCAAACCUGCGCCCAGCUAGAUAUACUCUGCUAUCGCGCUCGUAUGUUGCCGAGUUCGCUACGAGAAGCCCAGAAAUGCAGCAUCUCGAAGGAAGACUUCAAGGCGCGAGAACAACGACUAAUUCGCGAGCUCGUUCAUCAUCAUCGCUUCGUAUAUAGAUUUGCUGAACGCAUUAAUGCAGUGUUCACGCUAAUGAUUUCCGUACAAUUCACCAUAAGCUCGACAGUGCUCUGUCUUAGCAUCUACAAAAUGUUGACGAAGAAUUUGCUGAGCCUUGAAUUUGCAUGGAGCUCGUCGUAUCUUGGUUGUAUGCUUAUGCAGAUUUAUUUGUACUGCUGGUUCGGUAACGAAGUAACAUUGAAGAGCACUGAAAUCGGAAAUGCUAUUUAUGAGAUGGAAUGGCCGAUGCUUCCUGUUGAUUUAAUGAAGAUUCUUUUAUUAAUAAUUACGCGAUCUAAGAGACCAAUUAAGAUAACUAGUGGAUACAUGAUUACUUUGUCCAACGAUUCAUUUAUGAAGAUCAUCAAAAUAUCUUAUUCAGCGUACAACGUCCUGCAAGGAUCUUAGUACGAAUAAAAGCUAUC